UCGGGCCGGCCAGAAGGCAGUGCUGAUAGAGCUGUUGGGCUGAACGCACCGCUUAUGAACGCGACCGAAAACGCCAGAAAAACGCGGGAACCGGCGAUGAAUGAACGAAAUCUAAAAAACAGUGACAGUGUGUGAUUUGAAUUUGGAACAGUUUCGCUUGUUUUUUAGUUUACUGUUGUUUUGAACGUGUGUUAAUUUGAAGAAUUCGUUGCUGGAACGAGAUGAAGAGACUGAAGCUACAAAUACGGGCGUUGUUCCUGAUAGCCUGGCUCUCCCGUGGCGACGGUUACAGCUGCCCCUACGGACAGAACUGCGCCAACUCCUUCGAGCCUGCUCCCCCUGGACGAGCGCCACCAUGCGCGCAGCCAGGCCUUACCUAUUGCGUACACCCAGACCCUUACCCUGAACAAAUAAUCCGCCGGCUAAUCGAAGCGGGACAGUACGAUAUCUCCACGCUGCUCUCAGACGAGACGCGGGACGACUUCAACUCCAACAAGAAGGUGGACCACGGAUACGGCUACGGCCCUAACUCGCUACCCAACGUCGACCAGAUCUCCAUCGUCAACGAGCCAAAAAACUACAACACGAAGUUCCAUUCCAGGUUCAAUCAUGAAAUAUUCUCCCAAAAGACUCCUCUCCAGCCACCAUCUCCCGUGGACCCUUCGCCCUACAACAUCAACGCCUUCCAAUCGUCAAACUUCUCCAAAUUUGGGUACCAGAACCCCAACUACUGGGCCCCCAGCAGCUUCGACUUCGAGAACAAAAUCAACCGGCCGACUAACGUCUACAAUCAGAACUUCUACAACACUCCCUUUAGUCAAUAUGAUAGCGCUGAUUGGUUCAGACAAGCGACGAGUGGAGUCACGCAGUAUAAUCCUAAUGAGUGGUGGAAAUACCCAUCCCGCUCUGAAGUAACCGUACAGCGCUCCGUGACGUUCCCGACGCGGUCGACGAGGUACCGACGGCGGCGAAACGCGGAACUGGUGCGGGCGUCCGAGCAGAGGCAGCUCACAGGCACCGAGGCAUUGAGGAUAGCCUUGGGGCUGGCCAGCGCAGAGACAUCCGCGGAGCGUCCGCGACGGCAAGCGCCCGGCACCGAGGAGCUGUGCCGCGUGCGCACCGACUACAUCACGCCGCGCGCCGCGCUCAACAACAAGGGCAGCUGGCGCUACGUCGUCAACAUGCCCAACAACAUGACGCAGCUGGUGCGCGCUGAGAUAUGCACAUCAAGUCAAUGCAGCAACUUGUGCUCCGUGCCCGUCGGUUACAGUUCCCGUUGCGAGCAGAAAUAUAUACAAAAGCGACUGGUGGCUCUGGAGUCCAGUGGUCAGAGUUUAUACACGGAUGUCUUUUGGAUACCUAGUUGUUGUCAGUGUUCUAUACUAGCCAACAACACUUAAAACCAAUUUUAUUCAGAUACAACGUAAGCGUAAUUUUUUUGUCGCGACUACUCGACACUAGGUGGCGCGCAAAUCAAAGUUAAAAGCAUUUCGUUAACAUUCACUGCCAAGUAUGUUAAGUAUGAAUUUACACAAUUUUAAUGCGAAUUCAAUAAUAAUAAUUAUGACGAUUAAUACCAAGUCAGGACAUUUCGUAAAACAUAGAUUUAAGUUAUGUUUUAAUUUGAAAGUUCUACUUUACUAAUUUCACUAAUUUUUAUAGGGUUUCUGCCUAGAUGGCGUUGCUAUUCUACGAACCCAAUACGAACCUUAACACAACACCACAACUUAGAAUUUUUGUUUUUCGUCUUGUUUCGUGUUUCGUUUUAUAAAAUGAUUAUUUAUGUUUAUGACACAGGCUGUGCUGUCAAAGUAGGUACAUAUUAUUAUUUUCUGGUUAGCAUUGAUUUAUAUGACUUUAUCUUCAUGCUCGGCGUUAGAAAUAGCCAAGUCCACUUACAAAAUUUCUUGCUUUUGGCAAGCCGAACCUAGAAAAGAAGUAAAAAAGUAAAAACCUAAAAAUCUGCCUACGAGGUAUAAAACUCGUACCUACUAUAUAUUGUGUCCAUCCAUAACUCCAUACAAUAUUAUCUUCGAUAAGUUUAUUAAGUGUGUUGAUCACUUUUGUCCUAAAGACAAGUAUUAUAAUUUUAAAUGCAUAAUUACGAUUUUAACCAAGUAUUAAUAAGUUAAGUGGUUAAGUGUUUGUAAAUAUUAGCUUCCAUAUAAAUUAAAUGAACUUCAUUUGUGACGUGUUUUUAGUUACUUGAUAUUUUGAUAGUGUAACCUAGAAUGCUUCAAAGAUAAAUAUCAUUGGAUAUCCUAUUCAUACAUAGUCAAUGAUAUAUAAGUAAUAGUAAUAUUUUAUACUACUCUUGUUGUUGGAGGGAUUAUGGUAGCUAUUAACAAUUUAAAGAAAUUAUAAGCCUAAGUUAUAAAUAAGUUAUUAUUUAUUAAAGAUUGGUGAAUGAUAAUGUGCAAAUUUUCGUCACACGUUCAUACAUAAUGUUAAACAGGUAUACGAUUUAGCGAACUAAAUAUAUUCGAAAUACGAAUUUACUUGGAGAUAAGAAAGGCUAAGAAGUCUUUAAGAGGAUAGUGGAGCAUCGCUUUUUCAUGCAAACGUAUUCCCUAUUUCCUAUCUGGAUAUUCAUUCUGGAUUAUCAUUAUAGAAAACAUUUUUACACAAUUUGAUGUACCACAGACCUUUCGUUUGACCGCUUGACGAGGAAAAUGGGGACUAGGUUUGUAUGGUAUAACUGGUACCCAUCCUUAUUAUUAUCUCUUUUUCAUGUAGCUCAGAGGCAAGGCUUGCUUCUGUUUGUAGUUAGCAUUGUUAAGGCAUAUGGACAGUACUAAUAUUAAGCUGAGUGAUUAAUUUACCUAUCUAACGUACCUACAUGUUAAUUAAAAUGUAAAUGUUUUUAGAUGGGUUUAGACUUAGGAUCUGUUUGACUUUUGUACAUUUAUUUAAUUUCUUCAAAUAAAUCCCGAUACGAAAUACAA